GUGUAAAUUAUAAAUGAAAACGUGCUUUUAUAUCAGUGUGACAGAUUCACAAUACCGAUAGUGUCUCAAACCGUCCCGCGCAUUCAUCUGCCUAAAGGUAUCUUCACGCACGACUGGAUAGGCCUUUUAGAUACGCUUGUCCAAGGCCCAAGACAAAGUUGCCUGAAAGCUGUGUAGCAAUAAUUCCUGCUCCUGACCCAUAGGAUGGUAAUCACAUACACGAUUGGCUUAAUCAAGAAUCAUGGAUACCUUUCAUGUGAGUACUCACACACCAGAUUUUUUUUACAUACCUCAGAAGGAAGAUACCUCAAUAUCUGGAAGCACUGUCUCAUGUACAAUUGUUAAUGCUAUCUCUGAAAUGUCUAACAAAAUGUUGACUUGAUAAUUUCAUCAAGAACUCAUCACAAGUUGGAACUAGUGGUCAACAUUGGGACAAUACAGCCCAAAAUAACAGUGCUGAAUAUUUUCAUGGAGGUAAGCACUACACUUCUGAUGGGUUUAAAGAUUGUAUUACAUUAUCUAAAAGUGAGAAAGUAAACCCCAGCUAUUGUUAUUCUUUUCACAGGAAAGGACAAUCCCCAUUAUGCCAUGAAUGUUUCAUUGCUGAACAACCAUAGAUAUUUUUUCUCUAAUUUGGCUCCCGUUCCUCCCAACAGUGAGCAAGACCUGCCAGCAGAGCUCACUGGAGCAGGGAGACAUCCCGUCAUCCUUUUGGCACCUGACAAAAUCAUCACACCAGCCGAAGUUGCUGUGCAGAGGAAGGGGAUACUCUCAGCCGCCAGCAUCUAUGCACAGAGGGAGAAGCUCCUCCGAUCAUCAGGCCUCAUCCCGUCACAGAGGAAGGGUAUCCUACAAACAGCCAGUGUCCCUGCACAGAGGGAGGGGAUUCUCUCAGCCGCCAGCAUCAAUGCACAGAGGGAGGAGAUCCUACGAUCAUCAGGCCUCAUCCCUGCACGGAGGGAGGGGAUCCUCCAAACAGCCAUUGUCACUGCGCAGAGGGAGGAAAUUGUCCCAAUGGCCAACGUCCCUGUGCACAGGGAGGGGAUUGUCCCAAGGGCUAGUGUCCCUGCUGAGAGGGAGGAGAUUCGCCGAGCAUCAGGCCUCAUCCCUGCACAGAGGAAGGGGAUCAUCCAAACAGCCAGUGUCCCUGCACCGAGGGAGGGAAUUCUCCGAGCAGCUAGCAUCACUGCACAGAGGGAGGAGAUCCUCAGAGCAUCAGGCCUCAUCCCUGCACGGAGGAAGGGGAUCCUCCAAACAGCCAGUGUCACUGCGCAGAGGGAGGAGAUCCUCAGAGCAUCAGGCCUCAUCCCUGUACAUAGGCAGGGGAUCCUCCGAGCACCAGUCCUCAUCCCUACAAAGAGGGAGGGGAUUCUUCCAGCAGCUUCUAUCACUGCGCAGAAGAAUAAGAUGCUCAGAGCAUCACAACUCACCCCUGCACAAAGGGAGUUGAUCCUCCUGAUGACCAGUGUCACUGCGCAGAGAAAGGGAAUCUUCCCAAAGGCCAGCGUCCCUGCGCACAGGGAGUGGAUCGUCCCAAAGGCUAGUGUCCCUGCAGAGAGGGAGGAGAUCCUCCUCACAGCCAGUGUCCCUGUGAAGAAUGAAAACAAUCAUCCACAACCACCUCCCAUCAUCCCCAUGGUGGCACCACUGUGGAAAUGGGAUGGUGGAGCGUGUAUUCCACCUGUGGAUUUCUAUUCCAAGAGAAGAGAUGUCCGACUUAGAUAUGUUGAGCAUCCUGCUAUGAUGUCCAUCACCAAGCCGGAACACUCCGAUGCCAACCCUCAGUUCCAGACUGGCACCCGGCCGGUGGCUGAGCCCCAGACCCCUGCUGUUCACAAUAACAGUGGAGGCUGGCUCAGCUGGGUCUUUGGGAGUGGAAGAGCUAAUAAGAAGGAGGUUCAUCUACCUGAGGACAAAGACAGAUCUAUUGUCUGGGAUCCAACUCUGCACAGAUGGGUUAACAAAACUGAGCCCAAGGCUGAGAACAAGUGUGUACCACCACCUCCACCGAUGGGGACAUAUGGAUAUCAGGGGAACACUGGCAGUGUCCCCAAAGGAGUGAAUCCUUACUCUAUGAAAGCAGCAGGUCUAUGGGGCAGCAGAUACCCUACAAUGCAUUUCAAUGAUGGGACAAACUCAAAGCCUCCAAGCCAUGGGCCUGGACUGCUUACUAGACAGCUCUCUGGCUUGCUCCCUCCUUCACACUUUGACCUCAUGGCACCAAUGGUUGUGCCACAUGACAGUCUACCUUACUGAGGCCAAUUAACCAGAGUGGAUUUGCCAAACAUACAUUUUUUCAGUGUUAAAAAACUUCAGCAUGAAAAAAUAUUAAAAGAUGAUUUUUUAAUUAAAUCUCUCCUUUGUGUCCUCAUGUAAUUUGAUGUGUUCUAUCAUCGUUUACAAUGCUUAUUGCUUCUGCAUUGCUUUACG